AUGUUUGCACAGGAUUAUGACAUUGAUGACGAGCUGUCGGGCGAUGACCGCGGCCGCUCACCUCGGGGCGCCGGCGGCUACGCGACCCGAGCUGCGGACAACGCCGAGCGCCGGAUCGCCGAUGGGCGGGAGCCCAUGGACUUUGGGGGUCGGCGCCGCGGCCAAAAGAUGGCCCCCUGGAUGGGCCAGGCUUUUGGAGCAGCCCCGCCGCCAGAGAAGCCGGAGCUCUCGGGCCUGGACACCCGUGGAGCCAAGGAGAAGAUCUCGGAGCUGCGCGACUAUUCUUCGCGUUUGUGGCGUGCGGGUGAACCGGCGGCCGGUGCCGAGCCGCCACCGUCGAAGAGGGUUCGAGUUGUUGAGGAUCAGGAGCUUGCGCUGCUGACCGGCCGCAAGCGGGCUCCCGGGAAUGCUGGCGAGCUCAGGGAGGGACACAGCAUUAGAGAGAAGGGCAGCGAGAAGGACGGCGAGAAGAAGGACAAGUCAGACAAGAAACGAAAGGAGAAGCACGAGAAGGAUAAGAAGAAGAAUAAACACAAGCACAAGAAGGACAAGAAGAAGGGCAAGAAGCGCAAGCAAAGCAAAGAAAGCUCCUCAUAG